GCGUACUGGACGAUGAUUGGUUAAAAUUGAAACCACUGAAGCAUAUCUACCGACCUUAAGCCCUAACCCCCCUAACCUGGAUUUCAUUUCUCGCAAACUUCAGUCGAAUAUUCUACAAAUCAUGGCUUUCCGGAAUUCAAUUCAAAAAGUUUUCCCAAACCUGCAAUCUUUAAACCGAGGAUUGGCUGUCGGUUCGAGGAGGUAUGUUUCCGCAUCUACCGACCUGAAAGAAGUUCUAGCAGCAAAAAUCCCUGAAAAACAAUCGGAGAUUAAAGAAUUUAAAAAAGAAUUCGGCGGCGCCAAAGUGGGCGAUGUAUCGGUGGACAUGAUGUAUGGUGGUAUGCGUGGGAUCAAGGGGAUGGUUUGGGAACCUUCAGUACUUGACCCUGAAGAAGGGAUUCGAUUCCGAGGUUACACAAUCCCAGAUUGCCAAGAUUUGCUUCCAACUGCUGCAGGUGGUGAACAACCUUUACCUGAAGGUUUGUUUUGGCUUCUAUGUACCGGUGACAUACCAAGUAAAGAUCAAGUUCAGUGGUUGAGUCGCGAAUGGGCAAAUAGAGCUGAUCUUCCCACGCAUAUUGUAAACUUGUUGGACCAACUGCCCAGCAGCGUGCACCCUAUGUCUCAACUAAGCGCCGCGCUCAGUGUGUUAAAUACCGAAUCCAAGUUUGCGCAAGCAUAUUCCGACGGUGUUCACAAGAACGAAUAUUGGCAACAUAUUUACGAAGAUGCGAUGAACCUUAUCGCCAAGAUACCGAUCAUCGCUGCAAAGAUUUACCGGAACUUAUAUCGCGAGGGCAAAUUCAACGGAACCAUCGACGAAAACGCUGAUUGGUCGUUAAACUUCUGCAAUAUGCUCGGGUACAACGAUCCAGAGUUUAUCGAGUUGAUGAGACUUUACCUUGUGAUACAUUCCGACCACGAGGGGGGAAACGUUAGCGCUCACACAUCUCAUCUAGUGGGAAGCGCGCUCAGUGAUCCUUACCUGUCCAUGGCUGCUGCUAUGAAUGGGCUCGCUGGACCUUUGCAUGGGUUGGCCAACCAAGAAGUUCUUGUUUGGUUGACGGGAGUUUACAAGGAGCUUGGCGGGAAAGAAGUUACCGAUGAAGAAUUGCGAAAAUACAUCUGGGAUACUUUGAUGAGUGGACGGGUUGUGCCGGGGUACGGACAUGCUGUGCUGAGGAAGACUGACCCACGUUAUACUUGCCAGCGUGAGUUUGCAUUGAAACAUCUUCCUGACGAUCCAAUGUUUAAACUGGUCGGCCAACUCUACAAGUUGGUUCCUGAUAUUCUGCUUGAACAAGGGAAAGCCAAGAACCCAUGGCCCAACGUAGAUGCGCACAGUGGGGUGUUGUUGCAGUAUUAUAAGAUGACCGAGAUGCAAUACUACACCGUGUUGUUCGGGGUUUCCCGCGUCCUCGGUUGUCUCUCUCAACAAAUAUGGAGCCGAGCUCUCGGCUUGCCGCUGGAACGACCAAAGUCCAUGAGCACCGAAGGAUUGAAAAAAUUCGUCAAGAAAUAAAUUGUUUAAAAAUAAGUUUAUAAUUUAUUAGAAGUUUGUGUUAAAUAUGUUGCUAUAUUGAUUAACCAAUGUAAAGUUCGAUUGUGCGUUAGCGAGAAUAAAUAUUUGUUCAAGUCCAUGG